AAUCAGCACCAACCUACACAACCUUUUCCAAAGCCAACAAUAAAAGAACAUAAACUUUUAUUUGCAUCAAAGACGAAGCUGCCUUAGAAAUGGAGUUGGAUCUUGGUCUCUCUCUUUCACCUCAUAGCUCUUCAAAGCUAGGGUUCGACUUUGACCUCAACAAGCAUUGUGUGAUGGAGGGUGCUGCGUCUUGUUUGGAUACCCAAAAACUGCGUUUUCAGGCGACGUUUGGGUUGGGGAAUGUCGAAGAAGAAUUUUAUGUGCCAAAACCGCGUUUGUUUGCCUUGAAUGGCCAGCCCAAUGAGGAAGACGAAGAUCCUCUGGAAUCCGAGUCUUCUAUUGUUUACGAGAGGAUCACGGUGAUGAACAACAACAUAUCUAAUCCAACAACGGCUACAGUCGGAUCAUCAUCAUCUUCGUCAACAUCAUCAAGAUCAUCAAUGUAUGUUAAGGUUAAGAUGGAUGGUGUAGCAAUAGCAAGAAAGGUGGAUAUCAAGCUUUUCAACUCUUACGAGUCCCUCACUAACUCCUUGAUCACCAUGUUUACCGAAUAUGAAGAUUGUGACAGAGAAGAUACAAACUAUACAUUCACCUUCCAAGGGAAAGACGGUGACUGGCUACUACCAGGGGAUAUUCCAUGGAAUAGUGGAAUCAUGGCGCUGAGCAUGAGGAAAGCGAUCGGAGUUGUUAAGGAUCAGACUAGUAUCGGCAUAGCCAAGGUAGCUAGCAACAUGGCUCCAGAUCUGGAAGUUGCGAUUGUGAAAGCUACGAGCCACGACGAUGAUCAAUCUAGCGACAAGUAUAUCCGCGAGAUCCUUAGCUUAACUUCACUCUCCCGUGGCUACGUUCACGCCUGCGUCACCUCUGUUUCACGCCGUCUUAAGAAGACGCGUGACUGGAUCGUUGCUCUCAAGGCUCUUAUGCUCGUUCACCGUCUUCUUAAUGAAGGAGAUCCACUGUUUCAGGAAGAGAUCCUCUACGCUACACGACGAGGUACGAGGAUUCUUAACAUGUCUGAUUUUCGUGAUGAGGCUCAUUCUAGCUCUUGGGAUCACUCUGCUUUUGUUAGAACAUAUGCUAGUUACUUGGAUCAGAGGCUUGAAUUGGCUCUUUUUGAGAGGAAAGGGAGAAAUGGUGGUGGUGGUAGUAGUAGUAGUCAUCAAAGUAAUGGGGAUGAUGGAUAUAGUCGGUCUAGGGAUGAUUUUAGGUCCCCGCCUUCAAGAACUUAUGAUUAUGAGACUGGUAAUGGUUUUGGUAUGCCUAAGAGGUCUCGGUCUUUUGGAGAUGUGAAUGAGAUUGGAGGAAGAGACGAGAAGAAAUCGGUUACUCCUUUAAGAGAGAUGACACCUGAGAGGAUUUUUGGAAAGAUGGGUCAUUUGCAGAGGCUGCUUGAUCGGUUUUUGUCUUGUCGACCUACCGGUUUAGCCAAAAACAGUCGGAUGAUCUUGAUUGCCAUGUACCCGGUUGUGAAAGAGAGUUUUAGGCUUUACGCUGACAUAUGCGAGGUCUUGGCUGUUCUGCUUGACAAGUUUUUCGAUAUGGAGUAUACUGAUUGUGUCAAGGCCUUUGAUGCUUAUGCUAGUGCGGCUAAACAGAUCGAUGAGCUCAUUGCGUUUUACCAUUGGUGUAAGGACACGGGCGUGGCGAGAUCUUCUGAGUACCCUGAGGUUCAGAGGAUUACUAGCAAGCUGUUGGAGACACUAGAAGAGUUUGUGAGAGACAGAGCCAAGACGGCCAAAAGUCCCGAGAGGAAAGAGAUUGAAGCUCCUCCUGCUCCUGCUCCUCCAGUUGAAGAGCCAGUGGAUAUGAAUGAGAUCAAAGCGCUUCCUCCUCCAGAGAAUCACACUCCUCCACCCCCACCUGCACCAGAGCCUAAACCGCAGCAACCACAAGUAACAGAUGAUCUAGUUAACCUGAGAGAAGAUAAUGUCACUGGUGAUGACCAAGGGAACAAAUUUGCUCUCGCACUUUUUGCGGGUCCUCCCGCUAAUAACGGAAAAUGGGAAGCAUUUUCUUCUGAUAAUGGCGUGACAUCAGCUUGGCAGAAUCCAGCAGCAGAGCUCGGGAAAGCGGAUUGGGAACUGGCAUUGGUUGAGACAGCUAGUAAUCUAGAACAUCAGAAAGCCGCAAUGGGUGGUGGUUUAGAUCCGUUGUUACUCAACGGAAUGUACGAUCAAGGAGCAGUUAGACAACACGUGAGCACCUCGGAGUUAACUGGUGGAAGUUCAAGCAGCGUAGCACUCCCUUUACCGGGUAAAGUCAACAGCCAUAUACUAGCACUCCCUGCACCAGAUGGAACCGUUCAGAAAGUGAACCAAGACCCGUUUGCUGCUUCCCUGACCAUUCCGCCUCCUUCAUAUGUGCAAAUGGCUGAGAUGGACAAAAAGCAAUAUUUAUUGACUCAGGAGCAGCAAUUAUGGCAGCAAUAUCAGCAAGAAGGAAUGAGAGGUCAAGCUAGUUUGGCUAAGAUGAAUACAGCCCAAACCGCAAUGCCGUAUGGGAUGCCACCGGUUAACGGGAUGGGACCGCCGCCGAUGGGGUAUUACUACAAUAACCCUUACUGAUUUCAUUCAUUUUGUUUGUUUUUUAUUUACAUAUAUAUUUUUCGACCAAUGUAGAUGUGUUAUAAUCCGGUUUCUUCUUGUAUUUUUUUCCUGAUCUUGCGUCCUAUUAUUGAACCUGUGAGACUUUGCCUCUUUUGAGUAUUGAUGAAUAAUGAAUUUAUACAUUUGUU